UGAUCCAGCCCCCAGCCCUCCGGCCGCACGACGCCGCUCCUGUCGCUGCUGCCGCUGCGCGUCGGGCUUUUCCCCAGCUUACGAGGCGAGAGAACCCCGCUCACAGACAAACACAGACCCCCAAAAACACAGCCGAGCCACAGCGUCUCGGACCGGAGCUGUUUGGCCCGAAAGGAGGACAAAACAGAGCAAGAUGUCAGCCCGAGGAGGGAAGAAGAAGGCCACCAAGCUGUCCCGGUCGUCCCGGGCGGGCGUCAUCUUCCCCGUGGGGAGGAUGAUGAGGUACCUGCGGACGGGGACGCACAAGUACCGCAUCGGCAUGGGGGCGCCCGUCUACAUGGCGGCCGUCAUCGAGUACCUGGCAGCUGAGAUUCUGGAGCUGGCAGGAAACGCAGCACGAGACAACAAGAAAGGUAGAAUAACUCCCAGACACAUCAAGCUGGCGGUGGCCAACGACGAGGAGCUCAAUCAGCUCCUGAGGGGGGUGACCAUCUCAAACGGAGGGGUUCUGCCUCGGAUCCACCCAGAGCUCCUCUCCAAGAAGAGAGGCAGCCGGGUCAAGGUGGACAGCCAGGCGUCCGUCCCCGAGAAGCAGGAGGAGCGCUCCAAAAGCAAGAAGCCCGUCAAGUCCUUCAAAAAGGUUAAAGGCAAGCGAGGCCGCAGGCCAAAGGGGACGGACAACAACAAAGACUCGGCCCCCAACUCCUCGAUGGAAGACGGACCUGGAGACGGGUUCACCAUCCUGUCGGCCAAGAGCCUGUUCCUGGGACAGAAGCUUUCACUAACAGAGAGUGAGAUCAGCAAGAUCGGAUCCAUCAAGGUGGAGGGAAUCAUCAACCCCACCAACGCAGAGAUGGACCUGAAGGACGGCGUGGGCGUGGCGCUGGAGAAGGCUGGAGGCCGAGAGUUCCUGGACGGAGUGAAGGAGCUGCGGAAAGCCCAGGGGCCUCUGGACGUGGCGUCAGUGGCGGUGAGCCAGGCCAGCGGCAUGGCCGCCCGCUUCGUCAUCCACUGCAACAUCCCCCAGUGGGGCUCGGAGAAGUGCGAGGACCAGCUGGAGAAGACGGUGAAGAACUGCCUCUCAGCGGCGGAGGAGAAGAAGCUCAAGUCUGUGGCGUUCCCGUCCUUUCCGGCCGGACGGAAUGGGUUUCCCAAGCAAACGGCUGCUCAGCUCAUCCUCAAGGCCAUCUCCAACCAUUUUGUGUCGACCACCAGCUCCUCUCUGAAAAACAUUUACUUUGUGCUGUUCGACAGCGAGAGCAUCGGUAUCUACCUUCAGGAAAUGGCCAAACUGGACACCAAGUGAGGAUUGGUGCUCGCCGGGCUUUGUUUUCUAACUGUGCUUGUGGCUGAUGGUUGUAGGUAGGUGAAGCAGCAGUAGGGCUUCUGAUGAAGAAUGAAACUGUGUUUGUGAAUGUUGAUCACAUUUUUGUUCCACUGUCCUCCAACAGGUCAUCAGAGUCCUUACCGUUUGCUAUUCUUGUCCUUGUUUCACAAAUGUUUUUACAUUCCAUGUACAAAUAGAGAGUAACAGAUUUUUUCCCUGGCCUCUGUAGUUUCUGAUAACUGUGGUUCUCAUUCUGCUUUGAAAUAAACCAACGUUUUACACCAAA